UGUCCGUUAGCUUAAACAUGGCUUCGUUGAUCAUCGGCCCUGCGUGCCUCCGCUGUGUUGUCAGGGCGGGAAGGCUCACACACGAGCACCGGACUAGCAACACAUUGUGUUUAGGCAGAAGGUAUGCCACUGAAGGAGACAACAGGGCUCCUAAGAUAUACACCAGAACUGGAGACAAAGGUUUCUCCAGCACGUUCACAGGAGAGCGGAGGCCGAAGGAAGACCAGGUGUUUGAAGCCUUGGGCAACACGGACGAGCUGUCGUCAGCCAUCGGCUUGGCCAGAGAGUUCUGCCUGGACCGAGGCCAUACGUUCACAUACCAGCUGGACAAGGUGCUCAUGUUGCAUUCACUAACUUCCGUUAUUGCACAUGAGCCAGAUGUCAUAAUUCCGACAGUAUUGUGCCUUUCAUUGCAGAUACAGUGCAUUUUACAAGAUGUGGGCUCCAAUAUUGCCACUCCUCGAUCAACUGCAAGAGAAAGUCACAUGAAGAAAACUACAUUUACUGCACAGCCAACUGCCGACCUGGAAAACUGGAUUGAUAAAUUCACAGAAGAACUCCCUCCACUGACCAACUUCAUUUUACCUUCGGGAGGGAAGGGCAGCGCCGCGCUGCACUUGGCUCGGACCGUGUGUCGGCGAGCAGAACGCAGCGUUGCUCCAAUUGUGCGAACUGGUGAGGCCGAUCCAGAUGUUGCCAAGUUUCUGAACAGAUUAAGCGACUACUUGUUCACCGCGGCCAGAUAUGCAGCAUCGAAAGAAGGCAAAGAGGAGACGAUCUACAAAAGAGCCGACUGAGCUGAUGCCACACGAAGAAUGAGACUUUGGGGAUGCUUGGUUUGCAGAGAUUUCACUUUUAUUGUAAAUAUAUCAAUAAAUAUGUGGCCAAAAUG